AGAAAAGCCUAACCCCUAUUCUCCAAAGUUCAACAACCUAGCUUCUCUCUCUCUCUCUCUCUCCCUCUCAAACACUCACCAUGCCUUCUAGAGUCUCCCAUGCCAUUAAACCCCACAAGCACGUACUAGACUUCACCUCACUAAAAGAACUCCCCGAGUCUCAUGCAUGGUCCUCGCUCGACUCCCCCUCCUCCAACAACCCACCGACCGCCGCCGACUCCUCCGUGUCCGAGUCCAUACCCGUUAUCGAUCUCGACGACCCCAACGCCCAAGAACUAGUGGGCCGCGCAUGCAAGACCUGGGGCGCGUUCCAAGUGAAAAACCACGGGAUUGAAACGAGCCUUUUGGAUCGAAUCGAGUCCACGGGUAAGAGCCUCUUCUCUCUGCCUACCCAUCAAAAGCUCAAGGCGGCUCGAGCCGCGGACGGGGUCUCGGGUUACGGCGUGGCUCGCAUUUCCUCGUUCUUCUCAAAGCUCAUGUGGUCCGAAGGGUUCACCAUUCUCGGUUCCCCUCUCGAACACGCUCGUCAACUUUGGCCCCAUGACUAUAACCACUUUUGUGGCGUUAUUGAAGAAUAUGAGAAAGAAAUGCAGAAGCUAGCUGGGAGAUUGAUGGGGCUAAUGCUUGGGUCGUUGGGUAUAGCCCAAGAAGAUGUCGAUUGGGCCGGCCCGAACAAAGAGGGUGCUGCUGCCAUCCAGCUGAAUUCUUACCCGGCAUGUCCGGAUCCGGACCGGGCCAUGGGUCUAGCGGCGCAUACGGACUCGACCCUACUCACCAUUCUCUACCAAAACAACACAAGUGGCUUACAAGUACUCCGGGAUGCUUCUGGGUGGGUCACGGUUCCUCCAGUACCCGGUGCCCUUGUGGUCAACAUAGGGGACCUCCUCCACAUUCUAUCCAACGGGGCGUACCCUAGCGUGCUCCACCGGGCUGUGGUGAACCGGACGCAACAACGGCUCUCGGUUGCCUACCUCUACGGGCCACCAGCUAAUGUUCAAAUCUCGCCGCUCUCAAAACUACUAGACUCGACCCAUCCGCCUCUUUACCGGCCCGUCACAUGGACCGAGUACCUUGGUGCUAAGGCAAAGCAUUUUAACGAGGCCCUUUCGUCGGUCCGGCUAUGUAUUCCGCGAACCGGAUUAGUCAACCAAAAUAAUGUCGAAAAUCGAGUGGAGAUAAUUUGACAUGUUACAUGUUUUAUGGAUAAACGAUUGUUAUCAUCGAUGAAUUUCACCA